GCGGUAGAUCCGAGCUCUUCUUUCACCGGUGGCUCACUGCUCGGUGAUAAGACGCGCAUGCCAGAGCUUUCACAGGACAAGAACGCCUAUAUCCGGCCAUCACCUACCAGCGGCACACUGGGCGGAGUUGCACAGAACACCAGUGAAGCUGUUAUUCUCUGUGAAGCUGCUGGCUAUGACAUUGUUCUGGUGGAAACGGUCGGUGUUGGUCAAUCCGAGUACGCUGUCUCCAACAUGGUGGAUAUGUUUGUGCUCUUGAUUCCACCAGCCGGAGGCGAUGAGUUGCAGGGUUUGAAGCGAGGCAUUGUGGAGAUGGCUGAUCUGAUAGUUGUGUCCAAGGCCGACGGUGACCUCCAUGCCCCGGCUAUACGGAUGCAAACUGAAUACAAGAGUGCACUGCGAGUGAUGCGCCCCUACUCCGAACUCUGGAACCCAAAGGUGCUUUGCAUCUCGGCUAUACAGAGUGAUGGCAUCGAGUCACUGUGGAAGACAAUGGAAAAGUAUCGCGAGAAAAUGAAUGGCUGUGGAAGAUUGGCCACAAGACGGGAAAAUCAGCGUCAAAUCUGGCUGUGGAAUCAUAUUGAGCACCAGCUGCUUAGCCGAUUCAAGCGUCAUGCACACGUGGAGACAAUGAAGGAUGGCAUGGAGUCAGCGGUGCGCUGCGGUCGCAUUACACCCGGAAUGGCUGCGCAUAACAUGUUGGAUGCAUUCUUCGGCACGACCCGUGCGUCUUCGCCUGCUGCCGAUACAGGUGAAGGAGACGAUCAGGCAGGCAGGUGAUUGCUACUGCUGACUACUGCCAUGUGUACGCGUUGUACACUGCACAGUGUCCAUGAUGUACACCAUGUACUUCGGUACGUGAUGUACAUUUUUUGUAGCUAGAUGGAACCAGUGGCAAGCGAUAGUAUGCCACGGUGUUAUGCGAGAGGCCGUUGCUCUCAAAACAGGUGUUGCUGAGGUCUAUGCUGAGGUCUAUGUACCCUGAUGCUACCUACAUGUACAAUGCAUGCCAGGACACUGGACAGGGCAGGGCAGGGCAGGGCACUACAGGGCAGUACAGGGCGCUGACACGUGCCGUUGCGGAUCACUGCCAUUGACCUGUCCUGGUCGCAAGGACACGCGCUCCUUGUCCAGGCAGUGCCGGAGCAGCCUGCUCACACCGCGGCCAGGCAUCAUCAGAUGCUUGCUUCAGUUCAGCAUUACAGCAUCGCAUGGUGUUCUCUGGGGUAGCCGCCGCCAGUGUGUGGUUGGUGUGCGAUGACAGCAACCUUCUUGUUUCAGAUUACUACAGUGCUAUGCCAUGCACAUGGCUAGUGUGCUGGUGAUGCUUAGCCAAGUUAGUUGCAUGUGCAGCUGCUGCAUCUAUCUGCCAGCGAGCAGUCGAACAGCCUGUUGAGAGACACUGUCAACUUAGCUCGGUUGAAAGCAGUGCCCCUCGUCUCUCAGUCUCGGUGACACCCUUCAACCGUUUAUGUCCCUAGUUUCACCAGCGAGUCACUUGUAGUUAGCCGUGCUGGUCCUUAUCAAGUUCAACAAUUUGUCUCAUUCAUAUUGUAACCAGUACUAGCGUAUCAUCAUUGCUGUGUGCUGUGUCGUAUGCUAUUUUAGGAGCACUUGAUAGCUAAAUCCCUUCUCAGAUCCGCUAUUUAUUUUUUUUACCCUAUUCUUCUUUUUUUUUAAGAGCAAAUCACUGAUUUAAUUUCAAGGACUGCCAUGAUGUUCCUGCAACCAAGCGCACCCCUCCCCCAGAUCGAUGCAGAGUGCGUCACUCCAGACUAAUCCUGCCCCCUGUUUAAAUUACACGUAUGUGCCAAAAUAUAGAAAAUACACUUCACCCCAUAUUAUUGGAAAACCAAUUUUGUCGAGUCGCUCGACAUGAACCACCUCUCUUCUCUCUGUCUGUCUGUCUCUCUCCGAGGAAAGGAAUCAGUGUCAACAAGAAUGCAUGACCCCAAAUUGUGCCACAGCAAGUAUCACUUUGUGCAUUGAGGUUUUGCUGCAGCCGAAU